AUGCCUCUUAUUGUUAUAUCUGGUGGUCCAUGUUCGGGUAAAUCAACGCGAGCACAAUCUUUGUAUGAAUAUUUUAAAACAAAAUCGAUGCCUGUUCAGAUUAUUACCGAUAAUAAUCUAGAUAGAAAUGCAGUUUACGCAGACAAUACACUUGAAAAACAAGCUCGAAGUGAUCUUAAAGCUGAAACACAAAGAUUAGUAACAAAAACUGAUUUGGUUAUACUUGAUGCAUUGAAUUAUAUAAAAGGUUACCGAUAUGAACUUUAUUGUAUUACUAAACUCUAUCAAACCGUUCAAUGUACUAUUUAUUGUAAUACACCUGUUCAUCUUGCACGUGAAUGGAAUGUAGCGAAUAAUAGAUAUAAUGAAUCAACUUUCGAUGCAUUAGUACAACGUUAUGAACCACCGGAAGGUCGAAAUCGUUGGGAUGCACCACUUUUUGAAUUAGCACCUAAUGAUGAAUUACCUUUAGAACAAAUUGCCGAUUAUUUAGCUAAUAAACGUCCACCACCACCAAAUAAAUCAACAGUAAAUUUACCAAUAUCGGAUACAAAUUUUUUACAUGAUGUCGAUCGUGUUACUCAAGAUGUUCUCGAUUCAAUUGUACAACAAAGUAAAAUAGCUGUACUAGGUCAACAAUUUUCAAUUCCUGGAACAACAGAGAAAAUUACUUGGAAUCAAAGUCAUUCUGUUUCCGAUUUACGUCGAAUUCGUCAACAAUAUCUGAAAUUUAUUAAAACUCAUCCACCAUCAAAAGAUAGUACUAACGUUACAGCAAUGUUUGUUCAGUUUCUUAACAACAAUCUUUGUUAA